GAGAGAGAGAGUAGAGCUAUAAAACCUCACAAACAAGGAUCAGGAACUAGUGCUCACACACUUAUACUGUAACAUCUGAUUAACUGCUACAGAUUGCUAAACAAUUGAAUACAUUUUUUGGAUUGCUGAAUCAAUUUCAGUUGUAUGUUGAUAACAAGCAAACAACAGUUAGAAUCAGUGAUCAGUCCUGUAAAGAUGGAAAAGAGAGAGUGAAAAGUGAGAAACAGACUAUUUCCAAGACUUUCCAAGUGACCUUUCAGCGCUGGACAAUGACUACCGCAUCUCAAGACCUAGAUGAACUGUGCUACCUCACAGCCCAGUCAAUUACAUCACUGGUGACAUCAGAACACUUCAAACUAAUCAAGAAGCUGGGUGAGGGAUCAUACGGCAAGGUGAUGCUGGCUGUGCAUAAAAAGAGAGGAACCCCAAUGGCUCUGAAGUUCUUCCCUCGCUGCUCCACAACUCUCCACGCCUUCCUGCGGGAAUACAAUCUCUCCCUCUCUUUUUGCAGACACCCCUCUCUGACGCGGGCCGUGGGUAUCUUCUUCUCCACGCCUGUUCACUAUGUCUUCGCCCAGGAGGCUGGUCUCUAUGGCGACCUGUAUGAUGUAAUCGUGUCAGAGGAGAGGGUGAGCGAGGAGUGUGCCCAACGUGUGAUGUCCCAGUUGAGUGGUGCUGUGUCACACCUCCAUUCUCUGGGCUUUGUGCACCGUGAUAUCAAACCAGAAAACGUGUUCUUGUGUGACCGUGUUUGUCGCUGGGUCAAACUGGGCGACUUUGGUUUGGCAAGGGUGCAGGGGACUCAGGUCCGUGCUGUGUGGUACAACUCCCCUUUCUGUGUGCCUGAGGUGGAAGGUGCCAAAAGAGUGAGCGAGACAGAGGAGGAAGAAGAUAUAUGGAUGUCUGUGGAGCCCAGUUUGGAUACUUGGGCCUUGGGGAUCCUUAUAUACUGCCUACUGACUGGCUGCUUCCCCUGGGAAGAGAGCACUUCUAAAGACCCAUCCUACUGCAAGUACAGAGACUGGUUCAAUCGAACAAGUGAGCGAGAGGAGAGGGCCAGGGGACAGAAUGUACUGAGGGAGGGGGAACAUUUUGAGAAGCAAUCAGAGGACAUUAUGAGUCUGGUGGAGAAAGGAAACAGUGAGGAUGCUGAAUUAGAGUUGCCCUCUCAUUUUGAUGAUUUAAGCUCUCUAGUCCUCACCCUGCUGAGGCAGCUGCUGCACCCACUCCCCUGGCUCCGUCCUGGGCCUGAUGAGAUCCUGUCUUACCUCGGGGGAUCUUGGUUACUGAAAACAGAGAAAGAGGAGAUGAGGAGGGAGUGGCAAGCACAAGAGGAGGAGAAGAAGUUGCGAGAGAGAAGAGGGGUAGAAGGAGAAAAAGAGAGAUUGGGAAGGAGGGAGAGAUAAAGAUUAAACAGAAUCUUUUAUAUAUAGAGAGAGUUUUACAUAGUGUUUAUAUUUUGGAAUUGUCUAAAGGUUUGACAUAAUUUUAUGGAAUUUUACAAGCUGCUUAAUGGCACAGUUAACUUAGUGUAUGUAAACUUCUGACCAACUGGAAUUGUGAUAUAGUGAAUUAAAAGUGAAACAAUCUGUCUGUAAACAACUGUUGGAAAAAUUACUCAUGCCAUGAAGUAGAUGUCCUAAACGACUUGCCAAAACUAUAGUUUGCUAAUAUGAAAUCUGUGGAGUGGUUAAAAAAUGAGUUUUAAUGACUUCAACCCAAGUGUAUUUAAACUUCUGACUUCAACUGUAUAUAUACUGUCCAACAUUAAGACAAAGUAUUUGGACACAUUCUGGUUGUCGAACCAAAAGUUAGUUCUAAGAAAAAGCCUAAUUCUUUUUGAAAAAGCCUAUUGAUAUGUCUGAUCUAAUGAAAUGUCCAAUGAAAAUUUCCAAUUAAAUUAAUUCAUUUUCCAUACAAGUGUCCAAAUACUUUUUGAGGCCACUGUAAUUAAACAUUUCUCAUAUUCUGCUGGUAAUUCUGAAUAUUGUAAUGCCCAUAAUUCUUCUCAGGUGCAAUGCCAUAUUCUCUCUAAACAUGCAGAGAGUCAAGUACAUAUAUGAGAUGUAUGUAGAAAUAUAUGCUCAUCAGAUGUGAAUAAAAUCACAAAUACUGUAUCUCUACCUCAAACAAACUGUUAUAAUAUAUAUAGAAAUGCACAUAUUUUUUUUUUAAAGUUGUGGUGGUGGUGUAGUGGGCUAAAGCACAAAACUGGAAAGCAGAAGGUUGUCAGUUUGACCCCACAGCAAACACCAUUGUGUCCUUGAGCAAGGCACUUAAAUCCAAGUUGCUCCGGGGGGAUUGUCCCUGUAAUAAGGGCUCUAUAAGUCGCUUUGGAUAAAAACGUCUGCCAAAUGCAUAAUGUAAAUUUGAAAAGGCGUAAUAAACAUGUUUAUG